AUGACUUGCUUCGUGCGGCGGUACGCGGCGCCAAAAGGAGGAUACGCGCUACCACCUCCGCCUCCACCACCACCUCCGAUUUCUUAUGGUGCAGGUGGUUAUGGCAUAGGAGGUCCGGCUCCAGUCGCUGCACCAGCUUAUGGAUUACUGGGUGGUGGUGGACCUGGUGGCGGUGGCUAUGGAGGCGGUGGCUAUGCGGGUGGUGGUACUGGCGCAGGUAGCUAUGGCGGUGGCGCUGGUGGUGCUGGCCCAGGUGGCUAUGGUGCUGGAGGUAGCUACACUGGAUGA